CAGCAUGUCCGACAACCCGUCCCGGCACGUCGCCUACGAGCAAGUGAAGCUGAUGCUGGACUUCAUGGGGCAGCACGUGGACUUCGCCACGGGCCAGCUGCGCUCGCUGGAGGCCCGCCACGUCUCCAAGAAGCUGUGGAGCGAGCUCACACAGACCCUGAACAGCUGCCGGGGCACGAGGAAGACCAUGGACGGGUGGAGUCGGUAUUGGAGCGACUUCAAGAACAAGCUAAAGAACAAAGUCCGUAUAAUCAACAAACGGAAGCGCCUCGGCUCCACCGACAAGACUAUACGGCCGCUCAGCAAACUGGAGAAGAGAGCCGUUGUGAUACUGGGGCCUUGCUUCGAGAAGAAGGUCUCCCGGCUGGCACAACAGGACUAUCAAGAUGAGAGUGUGAUACAAAAGCUACCCAAGGUGACAGCCGAGGUGAAAAUCGAGAGUAUAGACGACCCCGCCGACCGAUCCAGCGGUCGCAUCGAGAUAUCGCCGCUAGACGCGCACGUAGCCCUCUCGCCACGGAUACACGAUUCGCCAGACCGGGAAAGCGAAGAGGAUGCCCAAUCGGACUACGAUUCCGAGCAGAGUGCGGAGCCCCUCAUGAGCUCAUUGUACCCUAAAUGGCUAAUCGAGAUCGAACAGAAACGCGUCGAGGCCGAGCUGUCCCGAGCGAGGGCCGAAGAGAGCCGAGCGCGCGUCGCGGCGUCCGCGGCGCAAGCGGCCACCGUACAGGCGGAGGCAUUAAGAACACUAGCAGAGGCUGCGUCAAAGCAGGCGGAGGCCGUGGCCAGGAUAGCGGCCACUCUCGACACUAUACACAAACAGCGGGCCAACAAUGUACUAGGGGGCUCUGAUUAUGUUUAA